CAAACCCCACCCACCAUGGCGGCGCCGUCCCCGACCACCGCCGCCGCCACCCACCACCGCGCCCUCCUCCCGGCCCCGGCCCGCCGCGCGGCCCUCUCCCUCUCCCCGACCUCCGCGCUCCGCCUCCCCGCGCGCGCCCGCGCCAGCCGCGGCCGCAUCUGCGUCUCCGCGCCCGCCGCCCCCGCCGCGUCGACCGCGUCCCCGCCCGCGACGGCCGCGGUGGCCGUCGAGGGCAAGCCCACGGUGCUCGUGGCCGAGAAGCUCGGCGCCGCGGGGCUGGCGCUGCUCCGGGAGUUCGCCAACGUCGACUGCUCCUACGGCCUCUCCCCCGAGGAGCUCCGCGCCAAGAUCUCGCUCUGCGACGCGCUCAUCGUGCGCUCCGGGACCAAGGUCGGGCGCGACGUCUUCGAGGCCUCGGGGGGCCGGCUCCGCGUCGUCGGCCGCGCGGGGGUCGGGAUCGACAACGUCGAUCUCGCCGCCGCCACCGAGCACGGCUGCCUCGUCGUCAACGCGCCCACCGCCAACACCGUCGCCGCCGCAGAGCACGGCAUCGCGCUGCUCUGCGCCAUGGCCCGGAACGUCGCCCAGGCCGACGCCUCCCUCAAGGCUGGCAAAUGGGCGCGCACCAAGUAUGUUGGUGUGUCUCUUGUUGGCAAAACUCUUGCUAUCCUUGGGUUUGGAAAGGUUGGGUCAGAGGUUGCACGCCGUGCUAAAGGUCUAGGAAUGCACGUGAUUGCACACGAUCCAUAUGCUUCUGCUGAUCGUGCUCGUGCAAUUGGAGUUGACCUAGUGAGCAUGGAAGAGGCUAUGACAACCGCCGACUUUAUCUCAUUGCAUAUGCCCCUUACCCCUUCAACAAACAAGAUGCUCAACGAUGAAGCCUUUGCGAAGAUGAAGAAGGGUGUUCGGAUUAUAAAUGUUGCCCGUGGUGGUGUGAUUGAUGAAGAUGCUCUAGUCAGGGCCCUUGAUGCAGGAAUUGUUGCACAGGCUGCUCUUGAUGUGUUCACUAAGGAGCCUCCAGCAGCAGACAGCAAGUUAGUGCUGCAUGAGAAUGUUACCGUGACACCACAUCUUGGUGCCAGCACAGUAGAAGCACAGGAAGGAGUGGCUAUUGAAAUAGCUGAAGCUGUCACUGGAGCUCUGAAAGGGGAGCUUGCAGCUUCGGCCGUCAAUGCACCAAUGGUUCCCGCUGAGGUGCUUUCAGAGCUUGCACCUUAUGUCAUGCUCGCUGAAAAGCUUGGGCGCCUAGCUGUCCAGCUUGUUGCCGGUGGUGGCGGUAUCAAGUCUGUGAAGGUGACCUAUGCAUCUGCAAGGGCUCCCGAUGAUCUUGACACGAGACUUCUCCGUGCAAUGAUCACCAAGGGUGUGAUCGAACCAAUCUCCGACGUUUUCGUCAAUCUGGUCAACGCCGACUUUACCGCGAAGCAGAGGGGCAUCCGUGUCAGCGAGGAGAAAAUCGUGAUGGAUGGCUCACCCGAGACACCUCUCGAGUACAUUCAGGUUCAGAUAGCCAAUGUGGAGUCCAAAUUUCCCAGUGCGAUAUGCGACUCCGGACUGGUCACGGUGGAGGGGCGGGUGAAGGACGGCAUCCCUCACCUUACCAAGGUCGGAGCGUUCGAGGUGGACGUGAGCAUGGAGGGCAGCCUGAUCCUGUGCAGGCAGGUCGACCAGCCCGGCAUGAUCGGGUCGGUCGGAAGCGUCCUGGGCGAGGAGAACGUCAACGUCAGCUUCAUGAGCGUCGGGAGGAUCGCUCCCCGCAAGACGGCUAUCAUGGCGAUAGGCGUCGACGAGGAGCCCAGCAAGGCCACGCUGACCAAGAUCGGGGAGAUCCCUGCGAUCGAAGAGUUUGUCUUCCUCAAGCUCUAGGCGCAUAUGAUUUGCAAACUUGAUUGUGCAAUUUUGGCGUAGCUAGCUGGUUGGUCAGGGUCUAGGUGUUGUGUGGUCGUUGGGCGGAAUAAGCUUGUUCGUGGGGAUUUAUGUGGUGGUUGUCGAGUUUGGUUUGGUAUUUUGGUUAAUCCAUCUUAUCUUAUGUUUCAGCAUGAUGCUAUUAAUUAAUAAGGAGGUCGCUGUCAAUA